UUAAUCUAUACUUUUAUUAUCUACGAACAUAUAAUUUCAUAUAAACAAUUGAGAUAUACUUGGGAAGCUAUAAAUAAAAGCCUUUAUCAAUAAGAAGCUCAGAUACUCAUUGAACUCGGGCCACACAAUUUAUUUGAAUUUAAAUAUAAUAACUAGUUUAAAUAAAACAAUGCAGUCUUGGAAGCGUUGCAUAAUUUCGGGAUCUCGAGAUGCGAAACAAGUAAACCGAUUUAUUAGCACAGCGCAACAAGAGAUAAUUAAACGGGAUGAACAGUUUGCUGGUCCGCACUUUAAACCCUUGCCGGUGGUUUUAGCUAAGGGUGAGGGUGCAUUUUUGUGGGACAUUGACAAUAAAAGAUACUAUGAUUUUCUCGCGGGGUUUUCGACCUGCAAUCAAGGUCACUGUCAUCCACGAUUAGUUAAAGUAAUGAGAGAUCAAUGUGGUAAAUUACAUCACGUUUCAAGAGCAUUUUUCACAGAGCCGCAUGGUGAGCUGGGAGAAUAUUUGACGCGACUAUUUGGAUUUGAUAAAUUUAUCCCGAUGAAUACUGGAGUUGAAGCCGGAGAUUUAUCAAUAAAAUUAGCGAGGCGCUGGGGUUAUCGCGUUAAGAAGAUACCGAAAGAUAAAGCAACAGUAUUGUUUGCUAAAAAUAAUUUUUGGGGUAGAUCAAUAGCAGCAGCUUCAGCCUCCACUGAGCCUUUAUGUUUCACGGACUUUGGACCUUUUGUACCUAACUUUGAAAAAAUUCCCUACGAUGAUUUGACGGCGUUGGAAGAAGCCUUGAAGAGUAAUCCCAAUGUUUGCGCCUUUAUGAUGGAGCCUAUUCAAGGCGAGGCUGGAGUUAAAAUUCCUAAAGAUGGUUACUUAAAAGGUGUAAGAGAUUUAUGUACCAAGUACAAUGUUCUCUGGAUUGCUGAUGAAGUCCAAACAGGUCUCGGUAGAACUGGGCGCCGACUAGCUGUCGAUUAUGAGAACCAAAAGCCAGAUAUUUUAGUUCUGGGUAAAGCUCUUUCCGGCGGAAUAUAUCCAGUAUCUGGAGCUCUUUCAUCUAAUGAGAUAACUUGUCAGCUGGACGCUGGUUCCCAUGGAAGUACAUUUGGAGGAGGUCCUUUGGCUUGUGCAGUAGCUCUAGAGGCGGUUAAAAUUCUUGAAGAAGAAAAACUCGCAGAAAAUGCUGCAAGACUUGGAAAAAUAGUUAAAGAAGAGUUGGAGAAGAUUCCGAAAGACAUUGCUGGUGAAUUCAGAGGACGGGGAUUACUCUGUGGAAUCCAAAUUAAUAAAGAGUUUGCAAAUGGAUGGGAUGUUUGCUUAAGACUGAGAGACAACGGUGUACUCUCGCGACCCGCUCACGGACAAUUUUUAAGAAUUUCUCCGCCUUUGGUUAUCAAAGAAGAUCAACUUAGAGAAGGACUUGAAAUUAUUAAAAAUACUUUGCUCAAUUAUUAAAAACU